AACAAAUUCGAUGACCGGGUUAAAUCCAAUUUUCUUUUGCCAAGUCCACCGAUUCCAGUUUUUCAUACAAGCGUGGUUACAUUUCAUAAACUCUUUAAGCGUGGUCGCUAAGUCGAUGUUUUCAUGAUCGCUUAGUGCUGUCUCCAGUUUCAGAGUUCUUUUUGCAGAAGAGAAAAGAUUUCAUGAACCUAUCAUUUGCAGGCUGUGGUUUUCUUGGAGUUUACCAUCUUGGAGUUGCAGCCUGCCUGUCAUCACAUGCACCGCAAUUUCUGAAGAAUGUGACAGCUUUCGCAGGGGCUUCUGCAGGAUCUCUGGUUGCCGCAGUAUUGGCAACAUCAGCCCCACUGAACAAGUGUUCCGACUAUGUGAUUGACCUUACUCAUGAUGCUCGCAGACACCCUCUGGGACCUUUUAAUCCACAGUUUGACUUAGUAGGGAAUCUAAGAAGAGGACUUGAGCUUCAUCUGCCAUCUAACUCACACAGAGUUUGUUCAGGAAGGCUAUUUGUCUCUGUAACAAGUUUAAAAGACAGGAAGAAUGUGAUUAUAUCAGAGUUUGAUUCAAAGGAAGAGUUGAUCCAGACCCUGUGCAUACAUUGCACCUUCGAAUUCUAUCGCUCUUUGAAGCCUUUUUUGUUUAAUUUUUUAUUUUUAUUAUUAUUUUUUUUUUUAACCCAGGCAUGGUACGAUGGUGGUUUCACUGACAACCAGCCACUUCCCCCCACGGGAUUUACGAUAAGAGUGUCGCCGUUCAGCGGGAAUAGCGAGAUCUGCCCGCGGGAUGAAUCCCGCGUCUUUUCGGAAAUGAACUGGAGGAACAUGCAUGUGUACGUCAACAGAGAAAACAUGCGAAGGGCAAGAAACAUCUUGUAUCCACCAAGAAAACGACUAUUGACUCAACUUUAUCGGAAUGGCUACAACGAUGCGCUGCAAUAUAUCAAGGAAAGUCUACUGGCCUAGCAAUACUAGAUUUUUGUGGGGACUUUUUUAAUACAAUUGUGUGUUUUUUGGUACUGGUUUGUAGUGAGAUUUGUAGUCCAGCAUUGGGAGAUUUAAGAUUUGUGUAGGAGUACGUGACACACCCAUCUCAUUCCAUAAGCUACCCUCUCUACCCAAAACGAACAUAAGACCGUGACGAGGGCUCUGGAAACGUCACUGGUUUGAAAUUCGAAAAUCAUACUCGUCAUCAAUCUCGUGCUCAUAGUCGUGCCAAUCUUAAAAGCCCUUUCUUCCGUGUUGAGUGUGAACAACUUGCCUACUAAUGCCUGCACAUCUAAAUUGACUGCGGGAAAGCUGUGGUUGUAAAUCGCCAGUUUAAGGCCAACAAGGGCAGCUUUAUCUGGUAAGACAUGUUUCGAUGUGGUUUACAUCGUCAUCAGUUACUGGAAAUGGCUCGAAUGGGUACAGCGAAAGCCAAGAGAUUAUGAUAUAUCAGGAAAAGUCGAUUGAUGGAGAAUGACUAAAUUUUUGUGUGUGUGCGUGGGCGUGUACGUGUUUGUUACUGUUUUUAGGAUAGAAGGAUAGAACUAUUUAAUAGCUAACCGCAACCAAUCAGAUAAAAUGUAAACAAGUUCUAGUUAGACAAGGAAGUUGAUGAACCCAAGUUGUUUAGAUAUCGCUAAAAUGACCGUGCAAAAUAGGAAAUGAAAUUAAAAUGUGUCACAGAA